AAAAGAAAAAAAGAUGUAGUGAGGUAGCUAUACCCCUUUUCAUUUCCAUAGCCUUUGAACCAAUCUGUUUGUGGCACUAUCACGCUCACGCCUUACCCUCUUUUUUCUUUCAUCCUUUUUUCUAUCCUUUCCUUCCCCUCUCACUCUUCCUUUUCUUAAUUUCUUUCUUCUGCACGUACGCGUUAAGCAGUGUGAGGGUUUGAUUGAGAUUAAUGCAGAGCCACACCAGCAUCUGCAAAAACCUGACAGUGAAAAAGAGAAGCACCUUUUGUAACCAAAAGCCGGUCACUUUCUCAGUCAUUCGGAAGAAGAAGCAGCAGCAGCAGAAGAAUUUCACCAUAUUAUAGUCAAAAGAGUUAAAAGAUCUAUACCAAACCCAAAUGUAUUGAGUCAACACAAGAGUGUAACGUCCACCGUUACAUUAACUCACUCUCACUUCAAAUCUAAGUCUCCAACAACAAACACAACUUUCCUAAAUUCUUUUUUAGUACCAAGAUGCUUGAAACGGUUAAAUACCUGAUCGGGUCUGCCGGUCCAAGCGGGUUCGGGUCAAAAUCCACUGCCGAACAAGUCACGGAAAACUGCGCCGAUCUCCGCUCUAUCACCGCCAUCAUUACCGGUGCUACGUCUGGAAUCGGAGUUGAAACGGCGCGUGUGUUAGCGAAACGUGGUGCGAGGCUGGUUCUGCCAGCGCGGAACAUGAAAGCUGCGGAGGAUACAAAAGGUCGCAUAGUUUCAGAGUGUCCCGAAGCGGAGAUCAUUGUUAUGGCGCUCGAUCUCAGUUCUCUCAAUUCUGUUAGAAACUUUGUUGAUCACUUCCACUCCCUCGGUUUGCCUCUCCAUCUUCUCAUAAACAACGCCGGAAAGUUUGCACACGAGCACGCUGUCUCCGAGGAUGGAGUUGAAAUGACCUUCGCCACUAAUUAUCUAGGUCAUUUUCUGUUAACAAAGUUGUUGGUGAAGACGAUGGUUGAAACGGCAAAGAAGACAGGGGUGCAAGGUCGGAUCGUGAAUGUGUCGUCCAGCAUACACGGGUGGUUUUCCGGUGAUGUGAUUCCAUAUCUUGCUCUUAUUAGUCGCAACAAAAGCCAUUACGACGCCACACGUGCUUAUGCUCUUUCCAAGCUCGCCAACGUUUUCCACACCAAGGAACUUGCCCGCAGACUCCAGCAAAUGGAGGCCAACGUGACUGUGAAUUGCGUUCAUCCGGGGAUCGUGAGAACCAGACUCACCAGAGAGCGUGAAGGCUUACUUACAGAUUUAGUGUUCUUUUUGGCUUCGAAGCUCUUAAAGACGAUUCCCCAGGCAGCUGCAACGACAUGUUAUGUGGCAACCCACCCGAGGCUCAUGCAUGUGUCCGGCAAGUACUUUUCUGACUGUAACGAAGCCUCCACCUCAAAAUUGGGAUCCAACUCAAAUGAAGCAGCAAGGUUAUGGGCUGCAUCCGAAUUCAUGAUUUCUAAAGGUCCGAAAGCUGCCUUUGACCUACUCAAGCACCUUGAAUUUUGAAGCUUCUUGGGACACUGCAAAAGUAAAAGAAAAGAAAAAGACAUCUAUAGAAGUAUAUGGAAUUAGAUAGGUUUAGAUGGAGACUAGAGAGAGCAACUCAGAUUUUGUUUUGUUCUCUCUUGGGUCUUAGUAUAUUAAGAAAGUAGGCAUAAUAAUAGCAAGACUUAGCUUGGCACAAUCUUAUCUUAUCUCGGGUAUAAUUAAAUGUAACUAUAUGUUUUGAUUACUUAGGGUAAACGUCAGGAAACUUGUUGGUUUUAUUUUAUUGUUCCAACUUUAAAAUGAUUUAGAUGCUAGCUAGUUAGAUUGGAUUGCUAUGAUGAUACAAUGAUUAUGGAGCUUGGGUUUUGUUAACAUGGAUCUUAGUUAGAUUAGAAGUGAAAGUGCAUGCCUGGAAAACUCUAAUGGUGCAUUUUUAUUUUGUUAUCAUUCUGUUUCUGGGAUGUAGUUGUACUUGUAUAUAU